AUGCACCGCUUUGCUUUCGCCACGACCCUUGUCGCCUCGAGUGUGCUCGCGGCGGACGACUCGCUUCUCGCGCAGCUCACGCAGUGGAACAAGGAUUUCGGGCCGGCGUACCUCCCCAAGGGCGUGGACCCGACCAACACCAACGACCUCCUCGCGCGCCUUCAAGCUGGCAAGACGGCGAUCGCGGCCGUCGCCAAGACGCAGCCGGAAGCCAAGUUUGCCAUCGGCCGCUUCGCUCUCCACACACCCAAGGAGUUUCGUGACUUUGUCCUGCGGUCGUACACAGCAGGUUCGUUGAAAAUGGACGCUCCCGAGGCGUCGGCGGUCGACCGCGGCGUCGGGGCGGCCAACGGCACGGUGGACUGGUCGACGACCAAGUGCAUGGGUCCCGUCGGUGACCAGGGCAAGUGCUCGUCGUCGUGGGUCUUUGCAACGACGGCGGCGGUCGAGACGGCGCACUGCAUCGUGACGGGGACGCCCAUCGACGUCUCGGAACAGGACAUUGUGAGCUGCGACCGCGACGAGCUCGACGAAGGCUGCCGCGGUGGCAUCGAGUACACUGCGAUCGACUGGAUCACCAAGACGGGCAUCUGCCUCGCGACCGACUACCCGUACAUCUCCGGCGCCGACGGCAAGAACAACGCGUGCCAGACCAGCUGCCCGAAGCAAAAGCUCGCGAUUGACGGCCACGCGUGGGCGUCGGGCGAGCCCAAGCUCGAGACGGUCGUCGCCAAGCAGCCCGUUGCCUCGAUGGUCGAGGCGACCAAUGACAUUUGGCAGCACUACGCGUCCGGCGUCAUUACCUCGUGCCCCGGGUCCCCGUCCGACCACUCGGUGCUCGUCGUGGGCUACGGCAACGAGGGCAAGACCAACUACUGGAAGGUGCGCAACUCGUGGGGUGCCAAGUGGGGUGAGAUGGGCUACGCCCGCGUCCGCCGCGGUGCCGGUGGCAACGGCGUGUGCCAAAUCGCCGAGCUGCCCGUCUACCCCAAGCUCGCUGCCGCACCGACGGUCGCGCCGACGACCAAGCCGGCGUGCUAAGGCGUUUAGGAAAACGCGUGCAUUGAGUCAUUCGUCUGUAUACCAAAUGUCAAUACCACUAUGGAUCGUC